GUUGCAGAUAUCUUAACUUAUCGUGCCCUGUCGAAAUCAUAAUAAUACCAUUCUCUACCUUUGCUAUAAGCUUUUAAAUAUCGACACAGAAAAAAGAUGAUUCACACAAUCAAGACGGUUUUAACCUACCAACCAGCUUCAUUCCCACGAUCUCUCUCUUCCAACCUCGGUCGGGAAACUUCCGCAGUUAGAUUCUGCACCAAACCUGAUAGGGAUAGUGCUCAUAAGAUGGACAAGACUCAGAAACCGAAUGAGGAAACUACUCAUGGGGAUGUGAUGUCUCAUUCGUUUGGGGAAGGGUAUGCUACGCGGUCUGAUGAGGAAGGAUUUGGUGGGAUUUAUGGUGGAAACCAAUCCGAUCCUAAGACUGAGACGGAUAAUUUCAUCCAUGUCAAUCACCCAGCUUAUGACAAGACCCAGGGAAGCGAGGUGAAGGAGAAGGAAAAAGCGAGGCAUCAGCCCAGCGCCAACGCUUAAGUUAAUUAUGGGUAUAGGUUUAUGCAUGUGUUUGAUAUCAGUCUUCAUGACUUUACUUUCUUGCUUUCUUUCGCUUGUAACUUAAGUUUAAAUUAAUCAAAAUAUUAUGUGUUGUGUACUAUUCAUAGCAAAUGUAUAUUCAGCGAGUUUGCAUACUAUGGAAGAGCAAGAAAAAAAACCUGUCUCUCAUAAAAACCACUU